AAAUCCAGUCGAUCGAACGUGUUUUCGCGCUGAUCCGUCGAUCGCUGUAUCAGAACAAGUUAUAUAUUUUAGCGUAGCUGUUUGUUGGUAAUAAUCAGUGAAUACAUAAGUAUCCGCGAGUGUUUUUUAACCUAAGUGUACCGAUCUGUUUCCGAAAAAAUAGCUCGCGAAGUUUCGUCACAACUACGAGUCGGAAGCAUUCCUCCGCCGCGCGUAUCGUCAGUCAGUCAGUCGUCGUUGUGUGAAUCGAACGUGUGCGGUGCGGUGUGAGGCCGCUACUCCCAGGCAUCAAAGAAAGGAAAUGAACGUCUAGAAUUAACUGCUCAGGACGGAUAAAAGCGCCACAUGAAGUGGUUGAUCGCAAUAGCGGUGGCAGUGGUGGUGACCAUCGCGAGCUCACCCUGUGAAGCCGCUCGGAAGCUAAAAGGCUCAACCGACGUGGAUAAUCUUCGACAUCGGUAUUUCGAGCUGGAAAGCCGUGCGUGGACCAUAGUUAAUCAAAUCGAUAAGGUCGAUAAUCAGAAAGAAGACGAUCAAGCUUUGCAGCGUAACAUUGUGCUGAAGGAACUGAUUAAUAUCUACUCCAGCUUUGCCAACGACGAUUUGGGACCGGAUGGAACCUACGACGAGGAUGAUUAUUUUAUUUUGAAGCGAUUCUAUGAAUGGCAACUGCUGGAGCAAGACUUGAUAAAUGUGCACAAAUUGUUCGAUGCCUUGCGGCAGUUCCUGAAGAACAAGAACAAUCUACCGGCGGAUGAUGCCGACUUCAAGCUGGCCAGCAUGGACCUAGCCGAUACGGUGCUGGGGGAUCCACAGUUUCCGGUGAACGCCACCCUGGAGCAGAUCGAUAUGAUUAUGAUUCGUCAGGGAUUGUACUACAAGGCACAGUUGGAAGCGAAAUCAACGAUAUGCAGCUUUGGACUGUCAGCACAGCAGGUGCUGUAUCAGCUGUACAACGCGAUUUCGAUUACCGAGCUGAAGGGAUACUCGAUGAUGCAGUUCUCGUGGAUGCUGCUCAAGGCCUAUGGAAAAGGAAACUUCACGGCGGAAGCCAAACUAAUGCGACGCCGCUUCGAGGACCGUACCAGCCGAACGCAGGCGCUACUGCAGCGGGUUAUGCAGCAAGCCAGCCGCGAGUACUGGCGAUGCGAUCCGGAACGAACGCAGCAGAAAGAGGGUGAAACGUUCCUUCAGUUUACCCGGCUGCUGCAGGGCUACGUGGAGAACGAAGUGGACAUGAACACGGACAACACUUGCAAGGAAAAUUGUGCCUACUACAACUGGGGCGUAAAGCAAGAGCAGUGCUAUAAGGAUCUGUACUGUUCGAAGCAACCGAAGUGCGCUGGCAAAAUGUACAGCUGCGAGUACAUGGACUCGGAUAUGUGGAUCUGUCCGGCAGCUACCAGCAGCAGCCGACGGUAUGAAUAUAUUGAGUACGAGAAUGGAAUGGUAUUGGGUCAAAAGAAACACUGCAGCCGGGGAACGACCAAGGUGGAUUCCUGGUGGAGAUGGUUGUUCUGGCACUGCAGCUACUGCUUCUGUUUGUGCGAUGACGCCGGCCCGCGCUCGGAUCGGUACAUCAACAUGAAGCAAUCGGUAUCGGAUGUCAUGAACAAUAAAAUCGUAACGGGACUGCGUUUUGUGAAGAAAAAUCGUAUCAUUCAUUUGAUUGUACAGCAGGGAACACUUUUACCUCGGGGUCAGAUCGACAACAGAACCCUAGAGUGGGUAGAUGCCGAGUCAUAUAACAUCCUAUCGCCGAAUGUUCGCAACGGUCGGGACUAUCACUCACUAAGCUACGAUAAUCGAAUUCUGGAUUUAGAUGACCUUGCGGUUUUGCCUUCCUACGUGCUGACGGGAGUGCGAUUCCGUUUGUUGGGAUCCCACCUUAAUAUGGAGAUACGGAUGACUGAAAUGGACUUUGCCACUGGACAGCUGGUUGACCCGGAUAAGAGCAUCUGGAUUGGUAGCGACAAGACCCAGCAUAGCGAGGAUAAACGCACCGAAAUCAAACUGGACCGGCCUCACGUUCCCUUGCUGACCCCGUCGAAAUCCAUUCCGGAUUCGGUCAGCAAUCAGUUCAUUCGUUUCCGCGAAAGCGACCGCGGAAUGGAUGCGUCUCAAACGACGGUGCCAUUCCUGGAUGCUCAACCAGUGGUACCGACCAAGCCGGUUCCACUGGCCGGGGCAGGCUUGUUCCACAAGGGAAGACCUAAAUUUGGCGGCUUUAUUGCGCCGAAAGUGCUUACGUAUGAUUUUGGACCACACGUUCAAGCACCGAUCGAUCAAAUAGAAGCCGAAGAACGGCAAUUGCGGGGCUGAGAGAGUGAAACCUUCACGGUUUGAGCAGAGUGAAAAUAACCUCUAGGAAGUAUUAGCUUUUAAGUAGGCCCGUAGGUGGCAAUCCCAAAAAAGUUCAGUAACAUAAAAUUAUCUCAAAUGUUAAUUAUUACACUCUAUGUGCUAAUAAAACAAUCCUGU